CCAGCAGCUAACGGAAGCUAACUAGCUCGUUUACGCUAGGUCUGAAUCUGCGAUAUUCCUCCUACGGUCGCCCCUUUUCUUAUAAACCGUGUGGUCGACUACAUCUACCGGCGUGCUGAGCUGUAUACACGGCUGUAACCAGCAGUCGGACUUAAUGACCUUGUUACAGCCUGCUAACACGUUGCCGUGCACUAGCUGUGUGGCUAGCUGCCGUUAGCUAGGCUAAGCGGCUAACUGGAGAUGGGUAGAAAAACAACAACAACAACAGCGCGCUUCAAACGAUAAUAAUAAUGCUCCUGCUGAUGGCAAUGAGCUGUGAACCAGGGCCAGACUACCAGCAGUUAGUUAGCGUUGGGUUAUGUAGUUAGAUAAUGUGUAAUGUUAUCCCAGAGACAGUCGGUGUCUUUGUGGGAUGUUGGGUUAACGUUGCUCCCACUAAGUGUCUCAGUGGGCUAAAGUGCAUUUUGUGAGAUUUCUUAUAAAGUAAGACGAAACCAGAUGAGUGCCUUUGAGAGAGGAAAGCUGUAGCGAAUAUCACUGAAACAAGACACCGAGAUAAUAUGAAGAAAGUAAUAAAUUAUGUCAUACAGCAUCUGCAAGUCAGCUGUACUGAUGCUGUUCUUCCAGCAUCUGGACUGAAACCUGAACUGACUGGCUGGCUCUUCUACUGGUGAGACUGUGUUGUUGCUGCCAUGUCCAGGCGAAGCAGGAACAGCCGUGCAUGGAGAUAUGUUUGGGGUGGCAUACGACGGGAUGCUGAUGCCCGGGCGCUUGUGUUGGCCUCUGAAAGUGAAGAGUGGGGCUAUGAUCGCUUAGAGUACAGUGAUUCAGACUCUGAGGCGGACUUUUCAGCAGUGAUGGUCCCUCCAGUCCCCAGUGCAGUGCCUGUCACCGGAGAGUCCUACUGCGGCUGCGAUUCACAGGCUGAAACCAACUACAACCCUCGUCUGCGAGGUUUUCACCAAGUUAAAGACUGCCACUGUGGAGAGGAUGACCAAGAUUUCGACUGGGUUUGGGAUGCCAACAGCAGGUCGACAGCAACUUUACUGAGCUGCGACAAUCGCAAAGUGAACUUCCACUCUGAAUACAGUUGUGGUACAGCAGCGAUCCGUGGCUCCAAGGAGCUGGCUGAAGGGCAGCACUUCUGGGAAAUCAAGAUGACGUCCCCAGUGUACGGAACAGACAUGAUGGUUGGCAUCGGCACUUCUGAUGUCAAUCUAGACAAAUACAGACACACGUUCUGCAGCCUGUUGGGAAAAGAUACAGACAGCUGGGGUCUUUCUUACACUGGCUUGUUGCAUCAUAAAGGAGACAAGAUGAACUUCUCCUCCCGCUUUGGACAGGGAUCCAUCAUUGGAGUUCAUCUGGACACGUGGCAUGGCACACUCACUUUCUUUAAGAAUCGCAAGUGUAUAGGUGUCGCUGCCACAGAGCUACAGAAUAAGAGGUUUUAUCCAAUGGCCUGCUCCACAGCAGCGAAGAGCAGCAUGAAGGUGAUCAGAUCCUGCUCUGCACCCACCUCCCUGCUGUACCUGUGCUGUGCUCGCCUCCGCCAGCUGCUGCCGGACUGUAUAGACACCCUGGACGUGUUGCCACUGCCACCAGGCCUUCGUCAGUUGCUCCACAACAAACUGGGUUGGGUUCUCAGUCUGAAUAGUGGCACCACAGAAGAAACCCCAGAUGGGCCUGAGCGCCCCUCAAGCCUGCCUGUCCCCCCACUGGCUGGACCGUCUUCCUCUGAGAGUGACUCGGAGGGUUGUACGUCUGACCCCGAAGCCUGCCAGAGGAAGAGAUGCCGCUGGACAUGACUGGGCGGCUCAAAUCCUACCUCCUCUUAAACACUGGUAGAAGUCACUGUCCUAGAUGGCAUCUAAUCUAGUGUUUCCUACCUGCCUCAAGCUUUCCUCGACAUUGAUGUUGUCCAGUAGUGAAGAAAAUAACCAGAAUCAGAGUGGUACGUAGGUGGAAAACUGUGACAGCAGUAUUUCUGCCUCCACGUUUUUACUGUGAUCUUCUCUCAUGCCAUUCAGAUGUCUUCAUGCUCAUCAUACAUUCAGCGUCCCAACCAGCUUCAGUAAUAAGUAAAAAGAUGUGGUGUUAUUUUGUUAGCUUGCAUAACUUGUUGCCAUGCGUGUGUGGGGAUUUAGUGAAAAGGUGCAGGAAUGGACUGUACAGUGUAACACUGAAGUCAAGUAUGGCCAAAUUUUGGUGGUCAUCGUGGUAUAUUUGCAAAAAAGGGGGGUUUCAAAAAAAUGUGUCUUCAUCUUGUAUGCAAAUACUGUAUAUUGUUCUCAGCCUAAAUGCUAUCCAUGCAUUAUCAAAGUAAUCUGUUACCUGUUUUACUGGCAAUUUUAGGUUAGGUUGCAAAAGUGAGAGUCAGUAAGCCACCGUGUCGAAUGGGUGGAAUAGACAAAGUGAUUAUUUCUUACCCACAGGUUACAGCUCUACAGCAAAACAUGUUUAAGCAGAUCACAAACCUAAGAAAUGUUAGGAGGUGGAAUGAACCUGAAUGUACUUUGUAGCUUGUAGUCCUCCACAAAUGAAAAUAUUCCUUUUCCUCGUUAAUUGAACAGCCAUCAGAUCCAAACAACUCAUACAAUUGUCUGAUGAUUCCUCAUCAGACAAUUCUUGUUUCAUGAGAAACUUAAAAAGUUAAGUCAAAUAUUUGUUAUGUUUAUGGCAACAUCCAUCUGUCACCAGCUUUUAAAAGGCUCCUAUCGAAACCUUAUGAACUAAACUAUGUAUUUCCUCUUUUCUAAAAUAUAUAAGCAGUAUACAUUGUUAUUUAGUAUAAGUCCUUUAAAUCUAAUCAUGAGAAAAUAUGUCAUUCAGAAAAUACUGCCGCACAUUUUAAGAGACUUUUCAUCGCUGUUACACCUUAUCAUUUUUUAGAACUUUUAAAAAAAAAAAACGUAGUUUCUUUGACAAAAUAUGAGAUUGUGGGCAGUUUUAAUGUUAAACUUUUUUGUACUUUAUGCAAGGGUGUUAUUUUGGUUUUCCCAAGGCCUUUUUUCAUCACUUCCUUUACCAACUCCUCUGGACUGUAACUCUAUUCUAAAUCCUUUUAAUAUAAAACACUCAGCCCCGUUGGCUUAAAGGUGGCUGUAAACGGUCACUUGUUUCCCUGUUAAAGCAGAAAAUCUAAGUUUCAAUAUGGUUAUAGAAAGUUCUCACAUUGCUCCUGCAGCAUAGCCUGUCUCUCUGUGUGUAUGUUUAGUGUGUUUCUAACAAUCAUACUUUUGAAAUAUGGCUAAAAACACAGUUUACGUGUCUGACAAUCACAAUUCUGACUGAAGCUGUGCCAUGUUUUGUCAUAUAGUCAUAACUACAUCUUAUAGAACAUGUUUAGAUCAUGAAAGGAUGGUAGAGAGCUGCUGAUUAUGCUGCAGGAGUGGUUUUCAUCAUUUCUAUGGAUGUUUUGAUCCUGCAGGAAAAUGAAAUGCAAACAUUUUACAGCCAACUUUCAUCAUAAAUUACUGAGACAGGGAACAUUACCCCUGGGUCAAAUGUAAAUAAUCCUUAUUUUUAGUUUCUUUGGAGUAUCAAACCAUAACAAUAUAGUAAAACAGUGUUUGACCCAGGUGUUGAAACUACACAGAAUGCCUACUGAUGCCUCAGUGACCAGUCUUUGAUCAUGUUCACUCCUCAAGGUCUUGGUUUAAGUAUACGUACACAAAGACAGACUUAAGGUACUAUGCAAUACGAGGAUCUUAUGUGAUAGUGGAGAAGGAAUGGGUCAUAACAGAGGCACAGACACGACAACAGGGGUGAAGGUACCAGAGGAUUGUGCUCAUUAGCCACGAGUAGUGUGAAAGGACACACUUAAUUUUACCCAGUUGUGUAAUUAUAAAUAUAAGAUUUAUCCCUAUAGAUUUAGUAAUGUAACCACAGGGAGGUUAGUUGUAGUCCAGCAGAUGAUUUUUAUGUCUUAUUUCACAGUAUUUGUCUUCACAUUGAUGCAUCCAAGCACUUUUUCUUACUGUUGUACUGUAAAUAGGAAAACUCUGUUUCUUCUGUAACAUGUCAUAAUAAUAAUACUGUAUGUCAAGGCCUUUACUCGCCUUUUUCUGUAUAACUUAUCAGCAUGAUUUUCAGCUGAAAAUAAAAUGAAUGCUAAAUAUGCA